AUUUUUUUUGGUCUCUUUUUAGAUGCAGUCGGGAUACACCUCCACAGGUGUCAUGUUAAAGGUUUCACACUGCUGCUUACGUUGACAUUCUUAGUGUUUGCUAUUCUUUACAUUUCCGAUUACUCUCUAAAGCAUGCUAUGCCACAUAAUAUCUUGUAUAAAGUGGUAAACCAGAUUAGCUCCUAUUAUGUGGUGGUUGAGAUUCCUUCUGCUCGUGAUAAAACAUUGUAUUCAGCAACGUCAAUCAAAGCUAAUCAACAUGUCCAACAUGGAGCCGUUCAAACUUCAGUCACUGCAGAAUCCACUGUGACCAAACGCAUUUCAGUUGAUCAUGUCGCUUAUCCACGCAACUAUCAUUUUAUCCUGGAUGAACCUGAUACAUGUCACCAGCAGAAUCCAUUCCUGGUCCUGAUGGUCCCUGUGGCCCCCCAUCAACUGGAGGCUCGGAAUGCCAUCCGGAGCACAUGGGGAAAUGAGAGCACAGUCCAGGGAAAAACAGUGAUGACAUUGUUCGUGGUGGGUUUGUCUGGAGGAGCCGACGCUGAUAACGUCCAACAGCAGCUACAGGAAGAGAGUCGACAACACCGAGACUUGCUGCAAAGUAACUUUGUCGACACAUAUGCCAAUCUGACCACAAAGACGAUGGUGAUCAUGGACUGGUUGUCCACUCGCUGUGCUCAAGCAACUUUUGGCAUGAAAGUCGAUUCUGACAUGUUCUUGAAUGUGGAGAAUUUGAUGACCCUCCUGUUGGCACCCAACACACCCCAACAGAACUAUAUUACUGGAAUGGUGAUGUGGAAUCAGCCAGUCAUCAGAAACCAAAACUCAAAGUGGUAUGUGGCAGAGGAAAUGUACCCAGACCCAAACUACCCCGUAUAUCUGCUGGGUAUGGGAUACGUUUUUUCCAACGAUCUUCCAAACAAAUUAGUUGAAGUUUCCAAGGACAUAAAGCCCUUUAACAUAGAGGACGCAUAUGUGGGUGCUUGUCUGAAACGGUUGGGCGUUCAACCCUCAAACCCCCCAGACCCCUCUCAAUUCAGAUCCUAUCUGGAAGAAUAUAAACGAGACGAAUUUCUCAGGGUCAUUACGACAAUCUUGAAUUCUCCGCAGCAGCUAAUCGAGUUCUGGCAUGAUGUAAAGACGCUCUCAUGAAGGGAAUAAAAUUGGUUUUCUGUCUAAAUGGCUAAAUUGGUUUAUUUGGUGAA